GUAAAAUGAGUGAAUGAAGCUGAAAUUGUUUCAAUCUAAUGUUGUGUACAAUAGAAACAAUUACAAGAAUUAGCGUCAGGCAGCGUAAAAAAGACGCAAACUAAGAAGAAGCAGCUUGUUGAACCUAUGGAUAUUGAUAUUGAUUCCUACGCUGCUCUAGCUGUCGGAGACGAAGAUAUACACGUAGAACUAGACGAAAAGGACUUUUCGGACCCACACUUACUUAAUGAGCUGUCGGCACUAACCGGUAAUCAAGACAGUGUGAGCUCGCAUGUAGAUUUUUUAGCAGAUACUCCUUCAAACAAACAAGAGCAAGAAGCUCAGGCCGCAGAACAGACUCCAGAAAUAGAACAACAGGAGGAUAAUGAUGGAGAUCCUCAAAUAUGGAAAGAAAAAGCGACCACGUAUCAAAAAAUGGCUCUAGAAGCCAAAAAGAAUGGCGACAAGAAAAGGGCAGUUCAGCUGUUAAGAGAAUCAAAAGCAUGUAAUCAAAAAUACACCGAACUACUCGAAAUUUAUCAGGAAACCACCAGCAGUGAUCCUCCUAUGGAUGCAUCAUCCACAGCAAAUCAAAAUAAUGCCUUGAGCAUUACUGACAAAGAACGAUCCUUGUCGCAAAAUCCUUCCUUACAAGAACCACCUCAACAGCAACAACAACAAGUAGAUCCUUCGGCCCUACAGGAUUUACUGACAAAGGUUAUUUCACUACAAAAAGAAUACAAGAAUGCAGCGCUUCACUACAAAAAGAUCAAUAACCUUAUUGUUGCAAAAGAAAUGGUUAGAAUCUCAAAAGAUUUACUGCACACAGGCGUUAAUUUAAAGAAUGGGCAAAUAACAGAUAUCAAAUCAAUUCAACUACCUGGACCACCAGAUAUGAGCCUGGGUGAUUCCAAGAUGCGACAACUUAAUGAAGUCAAUGUAGGUAAAAGCCCUGCAUCAUUUGAACAAAUUGAAGCAGAACUCUCGUACCAGAUCAACGUUUGCCAUAACCUUUCUGUACAAAACAGUGAUAGACAGAGCAAAGCCUCCAAUAGUAAGACUGCUAUAGUCGCUCAACCAGAUGCCUACUACCAAGCGGAGAAGGCAUUAUCCGCAGAUCUUGUUUCCCUAAGAGCCUAUAAGAACGGUAAUUCUUCAUUGCCACCGUUGCAUUACGAACAAACCAGUUAUGUUUAUAAAAAUAUCAAUGAUCAUAUACCCUCAAAUAUGAUGGAAUUGAAGGUUAUACGAGCAGUCAGUCUACCUACUUUAGACAUUGCCACCAACCUCGAGCCAUUUGUCACCUGGGACUUAGGAGGUUGGCCACCAGAAAAUACCGCACAAGCAUCUAUGAAUAAGGGCGAAACUUCAAUCCAGAAGGGCCCCGAUCCUCAAUUUGAUUUUUCGUUAAUGAUACCCAUCACUCGAACAAACCGUGCGUUCUUGCGCUACUUGCAGAGAAAGAAGUUGACAGUAGAGGUAUUUCAUAACAAAUAUUCUUAUGGGCUUUUCAGACGUCCUACUUCUCUUGGCAAGGUUGUUAUACCAAUGGAACGAUUAGUGACGAAGUCAUCUAUAUCAGGGACAUUUGAUUUGUUGGACUCUAGUCGAAAAAAGACAGGAGGGAAGAUUGAAAUUCAAGUCAACUUGAGAGAGCCUUUAACAGGGGAGGAUACUGUGAAGCGAUCAGAGCGCUGGCUUAUACUUGAUGCUUUUGGUAGUACUGCUUCUGCUGCCUUAUCUGCUGCAGGAUUAACGGUGGGGGGCCCACAGACAUCUACAACAAUGGCUAGCCCAAUAAUGGACAAACAGUCUCCUGCUGAAUCAAGAAUAGAGACGCCAAAGGAAGAGGCCAAACAAGUGGCGCCCGAGCCUAAAGCGAAACAGGCGACACCUGAGCAAAAUUUGAAAGAAGAGCGGGGUAAUGUUACAGUAGCCAAUGAUGAAUUCGAGCAAGCCGAAGAAGAAUUCAACAGUGUCGACAGUAUUGUGUCCAACAUGGUGCUUGAGCAUGAAAUGUCUUUGGUAAACGCAGCACUAGCAUCGCCUCAAUCAAAAAAUAAAGAUGAUUUGAUGGACCGCAAACAAGCAUUAGAGAUCAAGAUGAAUAUGCUCGUUAUUCAAGUACAAACAGGCAUUCUGGAUAUGGAAACGUACUUGAAUGACGUUGAAAAGAGAAUAGAACAAGACCGUCGACUUGCACUCGUAUUUAAAAAACACAAUAGGCUUGACUUGGCCAAAUCUGCACUCACACGUAAAAAGAUCAUGCAGGACGAACUUAACGAAGCAAGAGCAGCGCUGGCUGAAAACGAUGCCUAAGGCAAUCGAACGGAUAUAUUUUAUUCAUCAUUCCCCUAUUUCAUUAUUGUCACUAAAUUGUGAUAUCAAUAAACAAGAAUAGACAUUGUUUAUAAUUUGAACGCGUGUACAAUGAAAACAAACACGCAAACAGUGCAUUAAAUUACACCAAAAAUAAGAUUUAAUUAUACAUAUAUUAAGACGAUCUGUCAAACAAUCGGGGAACACCAAAAACAAGUAAGAGCAUAACUAUUAUUGUCUUAAUGUCUGGAUCAUCAAGUAUUGACGUUAGCUGAUAAAUAUUGCUAUAUAAAGAUCUAGAACGCAUUUAUAAGCUGUUCUCUUACCAAUGACAAGCUUCACUACUAA